AAUAAAUUGUCUAAAAAAUAGAAAAACUCGAUCGAAUCCGAAUCGAAAUAAAGCUGAUACAUCUAGAGGUAGAAAUACUGGUAACGAAAGGGAAAGUACUGAUACUAUGCCCGACAGCUGCUUAGAAAUGGCUGAAGAAUAUUCUCAUAUCGAAAGAGAUAUUUUUCGAUUGAAAAAAUUACUCACAGACACACGUGAGACACGAAAAAGAGAUUCGCGAACUUUAACUGCCCAGGAUUUGCUAAAUAAAUACCCAGCCUUACAUGAUCAAAACUUGUUUCUUUGGGAAUUUGAAAAAUUGGUUGACAUGCCAAUUAAGGAAAUGAGAUCAAAUUUGAAAAUCAACGCUUCGAAGGAAACAGUGCCAGCAAGUAACAAAGCACCAACCUUAAUUUCAGUCGAUGAGCAUUGUGAAAUGCUUAAGUGCUAUGUGGAUUCUGAGCCUCUACACUGUGCGAAACCUUUAGAAGCUCUAUUGCUUCUUAUUGCUUCGUACUACAUUUUUAACAUAAACUACGAAAAGAAACACAAUCUGCAAUUUUUAUUUUUAGAAAGAAUAAUUUUUGGAGAAAAAUUUCGCCGAAUUUCUCCUAUAAAUUCGAAGUAUUUAUCACUUUUAAACCUUCAAGACAGAGCAAAAUUGGGCUUUUAAA